AUGAGCGACAAGUUGACGAGGAUUGCGUUGGUCAACCCCGACCGAUGCAAGCCGAAGAAGUGCAGGCAGGAGUGCAAGAAGUCGUGCCCGGUCGUGCGAAUGGGCAAGCUGUGUAUCGAGGUCGACCCGUCGUCCAAGAUUGCGUUCAUCUCAGAGGAAUUGUGCAUUGGUUGCGGUAUCUGCCCGAAAAAGUGCCCGUUCGAGGCCAUCAACAUCAUCAACCUGCCGACCAACCUCGAGUCGCAAGUGACGCACCGGUACUCUGCCAACUCGUUCAAGCUCCACCGUCUCCCCACCCCUCGUCCGGGUCAGGUCCUCGGACUCGUCGGCACGAACGGUAUCGGCAAGUCUACGGCGCUCAAGAUCCUCUCGGGCAAGGUCAAGCCCAACCUUGGCAGGUUCGACAACCCGCCCGACUGGCAAGAGAUCCUGCGGUACUUCCGCGGAUCCGAGUUGCAGAACUACUUUACGAAGGUCCUCGAGGACAACUUGAAGCCGCUCAUCAAGCCUCAGUAUGUCGACCACAUCCCGCGCGCCAUCAAGGGGUCCCAGACCGUCAAGCAGAUGCUCGACUCGAAGCUCGAGCUGGACAACCUCGACGACGUCAUUCGCGACCUCGACCUGGACGUCGUCCUCGACCGUGAAAUCAGCCAGCUGUCUGGAGGAGAGCUCCAGCGGUUCGCUAUCGGCAUGUCGUGUGUCCAGAACGCCGAUGUCUACAUGUUUGACGAGCCGUCGUCGUACCUCGACGUCAAGCAGCGUCUCAACGCCGCGCGCAUCAUCCGCUCCCUCCUCCGCCCCGACAACUAUGUCAUCGCCGUCGAGCACGACCUGUCCGUCGCCGACUACCUCUCCGACUUUAUCUGCUGCCUGUACGGCAUGCCCUCGAUGUACGGCGUCGUCACCAUGCCCUUCUCGGUCCGGGAAGGCAUCAACAUCUUCCUCGACGGCAAGAUCCCGACCGAGAACCUGCGCUUCCGCGAGGAGUCGCUCACCUUCAAGAUCGCCGAUGCGCAGGAGGAAGUCAUUGCGGAAAAGUCGCGCAGGUACACGUACCCCGCCAUGACCAAGACCCAGGGCAACUUCAAGCUCAACCUCGACGCUGGCUCGUUCACCGACUCGGAGAUCAUCGUCCUCCUCGGCGAGAACGGCACGGGCAAGACGACGUUCGUCAAGCUCCUCGCCGGCAAGCUCAAGCCCGACAACGAGAAGGACGAGCAGCACUUCUCCGUCUCGCUCAAGCCGCAGACGAUCGCGCCCAAGUUCCCCGGAACCGUUCGCGAGCUCCUCCUCAAGCAGAUCCGCGCCGCGUUCAUGCACCCGCAGUUCAACACGGACGUCCUCAAGCCCAUGAACCUCGAAAACAUCAUGGACCAGUACGUCACCACCCUCUCCGGCGGUGAGCUGCAGCGUGUCGCCAUCGUCCUCGCACUCGGAAAGCCCGCCGACAUCUACCUCAUCGACGAGCCCUCGGCCUACCUCGACUCGGAGCAGCGUAUUCUCGCCGCGAGGGUCAUUAAGCGGUACAUCCUUCACGCCAAGAAGACUGCGUUCAUCGUCGAGCACGACAUCGUCAUGGCGACCUACCUCGCCGACCGCGUCGUCGUCUACUCGGGCACGCCCUCGGUCGAAUCGUUCGCGACCGCGCCCGAGAGUCUCCUUACCGGCAUGAACAAGUUCUUGAAGUCGCUCGAGAUCACCUUCCGACGAGACCCGACCAAUUUCCGCCCCCGUAUCAACAAGCUUGGCAGUCAGCUCGACACAGAGCAGAAGCUCGCGGGCAAGUUCUUCUUCACCGACGCGCAAAUCUAG